CUUGUUACCUCGACGGGAAUGGCGCCAGCCGAACGUGACCCACUCAUCGCCUACCCAUCCGAGCGCGCCCGGUCGCGCUGGACUGCGCGCUUCAUCGCCUACGCGGCCGCAGCGCUGGUGCUGGCGGGCUGCGGCCUCGCCGCGUCGCUCCAUCCGGCGCCGUCGCCCCUCCAUGACGUAGUCAGCUCAGCGCUUGCGCUGGACGCCUCAUUGCCUCGGCGUCCGGCCCACUGCCCGCACAUUGCGCCGCACGAGCGCGUCGUGCUCUUCUGGCAGUCGGAAGUCGGCGGCUGCGAACAGAUUCCGGACGGCGUCACGCAUGUCCUCUGGGGCUUUGCUCAAGUCGAGGCGGGCGAAGUGAUUCCGCGAUUCCAGACGCCGGACGCGCUCCUGACGUCCUGCGUGCAGGCGCUCCGCGCGCGCUGCAUCUACUCGCUGGGCGUCGUUGGCGGUGCCAACAACAACGUCGGCAUGGCCAGCAUCCGCGACCCGCCGCGCUUUGUCCGGAGCGUCAUGUCGCUUGUCGACAAGUUUCAGUUUGACGGCAUCGACAUCGACGACGAGACCAACUACCUCGAAGCCGGCUACAGCAGCCGCGCGAUCGUGUCGUACAUGACGGCGCUCCGCAACGCGUUCCGACCGCUCAACCUCUUGCUGACGUACGACGCCUACAUGAUGGAGGCCAACCCGCAUUGUUACAAGGGCAUGCGCUGCUUCGCGAGAGGCGUCGAGCGCCUCGUCGACUGGGUCAACGUCAUGGCCUACAACAUUGACCGCGACCCGAAGCUCGCCAUGCCCAUUUACGAGGCCGCCGUGCACCAGACGUUUCCGCAGUGGCAGCGCCACGUGUCCAAGGACAAGAUCACGGUCGGUAUGUGCACCGGGUCGGGCUGUGCGUGGGGCCCUGGGCCGUCGCCCGAUGUCGUCGACGCCUACAUUCGCUAUGCCAAGGGCGCCGGUGGCAUCAUGAUCUACGCCGGUUCGGCCGACAUUGACCAAGGCUUUGUGACGACCAAAUCCGUUGUUGCUCGUCUUCAUCCGCAGUCGCCGACGCAGUUGGCCGUCGCCACGACCGCUCCGCCUGCCAUCGUGUCGACGCCUGCGCCAACCACGGUGACGCCUGCGCCGACGACGGUGACGCCUGUGCCGACGACGGUGACGCCUGCGCCGACGACGGUGACGCCAGUGCCGACGACGGUGACGCCAGUGCCGACGACGGUGACGAUGGCGCCAACGCCAGAACUUUCGACGGUGACGCCGGCGCCGACCGAGCCCGGUGUGCGUCCCGAUGCGAUCUGCGGUUCGUGCUUCAAUUGCUUCUACGAGCCGAUCAAGGGUUGCUUUGAUGGCUGGUCCGAGGCGCAGUGCAAGAGCCUGAGCUUCACGUGGUGCGGAUAA